AUGGGGCGAAGGACGGAGGGAAGACGAACAGCCGCCGCCUGUACACUGAAAUCCAUUAGAUACCAGGGGAUACACGGCCCUGAUCUGAUUGCGAUUGCUCCAUCCUGCCGACAAGCGAGAACCGUGAACCGAGAACCGACUGCCACUGCAGGACACUCGGCAUCGCAGCACGGUCCGGUGGAUUCCACGUGGGCCACUGCCUCAGCCACUGGAGACUGGCCACUGGCAAAGAAUCUUCCAAUCGAUUUGGUUUCAGAAUUGCACCACAAAAUUGCAUCUUCUGCUGCGAUAUGGCAACAGGGACACAUCAAUUCGAAUGCUCCACACUGAUUGAGACAGGCUGAGAGUGAGAGAGAGAAGCGAAGGAAGAGUCAGAGACAGAUUUAGCCCCAUAGAAAGAGCGAAA